AUGGAGCUGGAAGUGCUAUGGGAGGUGCCUUUUGUCAGAGGCCAGCAAAAUUGUACGGCGUCCGGUAAAGCUGCGCAACAGCUGCAAAUCCAAGUGUGUUGGAAAGCUCCCUUCAGCACGUGGUCGGGUGCGGCCGUCUCCACCCUCUCCGCCUGCUCACAAACCUCGCCGCCAGCGCCGCCGACAACUCCCGUACAGCUAUCACCGCCGACAGACGCUGCGGCGGAAGGCGUUACAGCGAGCGGCGAUGUACGGGACGGAUGCGGCGUCAAUCGGGUGCCGCAGAGGCCCUCAGACAUCGCGGAGCCGCCGCCGCUGCCGCCGCCGCCGCCGCCGCCACCAUCGGGCCUGGCGCCGGUUGAAGCUCCACCCCGGGGGCUUGUCGAAGGCCCUGCGCACCCAGCAAACGUAAGCGGCGUUGGCGGCGACAGUAUCACAUCGCGACGAACGACAGACGGUGUCACAGCCCUGGAUGCUGAUGCCGUACCGCAGAUUCCCAGCACAGGCAGCGGGUACGAUGUCUGCGCCCCUGUUUAUGUGCCGUACGGUCGAGAGAUGGGGCUCAGGGGAGGUGGUGCAAGAAGCGCCAUUGUCGUCGUCGGCAGUAGCGGUGUCAGUGCAGGCGGCAGCGACGGCGGCGGUGGCGUUGGCAGUGGCACUCUGGGUAAUAGGACGCUGUCGUGGGCCUUACGCACAGCGCCAGCGGGCCUGGCGGCAGCGCUGGCGCACACAGGCGACGGCUCGCUCAGCACCGCAUCCUGGCUACAGCCACCACCGCCGGUGAAGCCGCCGCCACCGUCGCGAAACAGCGUCCCGCAGCAGCAGCGGCCGGAGCAGCAGCAGAUGUUGACUCAACAGCUAUCCGAGUCGUACGGAUCUGAAUCUACCGUAUCCACGUUGCAAAACAUGUACGGCGGAUCUACAGGGCUGAGGCCGCAGCUUCAAGCCGGGACGUGGGCAGCGAAGUGA